CGAUUUGCUUUUCCGGCGGUAAAAUCGCUAUGCAUUUAAUAUGUCAUAGCAUUUUACUGUUUCUCGUUAGGUAACGCCUCAGAUUUAUCUUUGUUUAGGGUGAAUUGUCUCUAAAUUCUAAAGAAUUGAAAUAAUUUUUUAGGUUAUUAUAUUGAAGUUAUUAAUUUGAUUAAAAAGAUCACUUGUUGGAUAAUUAAGUUGAAGAUAUUACCAAAUCAAGGAUAACUCUUGAUUCAAAGCAAUCCAUCACAAUUGACUUUUGACAGAGUGUAAACAAAAGCUUGACCAAUUAUGUUUCUUCAUUGGGUGGGUUACUCUGAUCCGACUAAGUUUAAUUAGGUUAAAAUAACCAAGUCAAUGAUGUUGGUAUUGGAUAAUCUAAUGCAGGUUAUAUUUGAUUUUCUAUUUUGUCUCUGAUUCUUGAAUAGUGAAUGUGUUCAUAAAACGAGUAGUACCCUUUCCGGUAUUCGUUUCUUUCAUUUUGUGAUCUUCCCCAUCCUACGAGUAACAUUUUUUGUGUAUGAUCGAAUCUUAUAUACCUCACCAAUAAAGAAAAAUAGAAAGAAAAAAAAGGAUUUCAAUUAUGUCAUCUGAUCUCUGCGGAUCUCGCUUGUUUUUGGCUUUGCCUGAUGAUAUAUUAACUAUAAUAACGAGUUCCUUCUCUCCAGGGGAUCUGUGUAAUCUUGGUCUCACAUGUCCAGGUCUCGACUCUUUUAUGUCUUCACACAAAGUAUGGCUUUUCCAAUGUGAUAAAUUGGGUCUAGUUCCUUAUACCACUCUCAUUGAAUGGAGAAAGGGAGUUUUUUCUUACAAGGCCCUUUGUCGGUUCUUGGUGAAUAUUCAACCGAUGAUUGGUACUUGGGUUCACCGAAAUCCUGAACUCAGGCAUGUAGUCUAUGUUAUGCCUGGUUUUCUAUCAGUUGUUGGAUGCCGGAUAAUUCCCCAAGAGAUAGGCCCUUUAGGCCUUGAAGAUGGUCCAAUUUUGUGGACACCUGUCUUCGAAAUCCUCUGCAAUCAUGUGGGGUCCACUUCGUUCUUUCUACACGGUAAGGAGCGAGGGGUAGAUUACGUUUAUCCUGGAUUACUGAAAUCAGUUGAUAGGGAUUGCAAUGUUCUUUUGCUCGAGGUUGAGCAUCGGCAUCAACGGGGUGGAGGAAAACUGGCUGACCUUAAGAAUUUUACUCAUGAAGCAGAUAACGAAGUAUCUAGUUCACAGAGAAUAGUUGGACGGAAAUGGACUGAAAAGCCUUUUAUCUGUUUGGAAUCUGAUGAUAGGGAGCUGCUCCUCGAGUUUGUUACUAGCCAAGUCCGCGAUAUUGUUCCAGAUGCAGCAAAUGUGUUAUUGUUUCCUCGCCCAAGAAUAGAUGCAGUUGAUUCCCAACAAGAUUUCAUAGUCCUACAUGAAAGGAGAUUGCUGCUUUUACAAAUGUACGAGCGCGGUAAUAUGAAUCAUGACUUAAAAUCCGAUGAAGGAUCGCCUUUGAAUCCCACCGAAUUAGGAUCGAGUGAGAUCUCCAAAAGUGUGGACUGUACAUGUAACUAUCCGGCUUCUCAGGCAGGUGAUGCAACACUUCACGAAUUUCUUCAAUUGGGUGAUUGGGUUGGAUUGAGUUUACAAGCUGAAACUAAGGAAUUUUAUUCUUGUAAACAUUGGCCUUACAUGUACGAAAGUCUAUCUGCUUUCUAUAAAUUCCCUAUUCGGGCUCCCAAGGCAUGUGACGAGGAGUAUGCUGGUUUAUGGGGAGGGACUUUUGGUUUGCCACCAUCUGCAGACAAACCUGGAAAGCCCCUUUUCUUGAUUUACAUCUCUUAUGAAGAGUCCGAAGGGAAGCAACAAAUGAUUGCCAACAAGAUACUAGAUGGUAAAUCCCGUCUUUCUCCUUUUAAUGGAUCGACUAUGUUUAUAGUGAAUAUAGAUGAACCGUCCAUGACCAUAUUCCCAUGGAAUACAGACCAACAAUCGAAUCCUAUUAGUGUUAUGCAGUCAUUUAAGGGAGAAGGUAUUUGCUAUUGGUCUCGUCACAGAUAUCCUAGUAUUGAACCUGGUUCGCUUUUUGUUCUUGAAAAUGGAUUGCUCGUUUAUUUGUGGGAGCAUGCAAGGGAGGUGUUGACUUUGAAGAGGCUUUAUUUGGGGGAGCUUUUGAAGAGGGGUGAAAGAUUGCCUUCUUUCCCGCCAGUUUUGAACUUUGCGCAUCUAACGAGCAAGUAUAGAAAUAUUUACCCUGGAUUUUCACAUUCUUGAAACGGCUCUAUUUUUUCCAAGGUAAAACUAUCUAUAGAACUUUAGACGGUUUGUAUUCUUCUCCUCUGGCGUUUCACUAAUCAAAGAAGUUCGAUAUAUUCUUUCGGCUCUCUGCUUGAUAUGAUAUCCUGUGACCGAGUCUUGGUAGAUCAUAUUUGCAUAACCAUGGUGUUUAGAAAUGUUAAGUUUGAUGUUUUAUAAAUAAAAAUUGAUGCUGAAAAGUUGGAUUUAUUUGAGCAACGGUAAGUUUGGUCAGGAUAUUAUUUUUGUGUUUUGGGUGCAGUUUUCAUGUGAAAUAUAAAUGACUUAUUCUCA